CAUUACGUAUUCAAAAUAGUAUUCAUGAGUAACAUAUCCUAUAUAACAGCAGUAAUACUUGUACAAUGUUUUAUGAUUUCAUUUCUAUAACAAGUUAUCCAUAAAAUUAUGCCCUAUUAUUUCUAUCUGUAACCAAUUUUUGUUUUUAAAUUUUAGUAUUUGCAUUAAGUAAAUUAUUAAUAUGAUUAAGUUCUAUAAUGGUUACAGGAGUGGAUUUUUUGACAUUUGUGGACUGUAAGCAUUUUUAUUGUAUGUAUUAAUUAUGAGGUACAGUAUGCAGGAUGCAUUAUGAAGCAAAGAAGUUGCCAUUACCUGCUUCUGCAAACAUAUCCCUUAUUGCACCAAUUAAUAUAUUACUUAAUGGCAAAAAGAGGUUUGGAUUAUUAUGGAAUUCUUGGUCUUACCAAAAGUGCCAGUGAUUCUGAAAUUAAGGAAGCGUACCGUUACUUAUCACUUCAAUAUAACCCUGUACGUAAUAAGGAUCCAAACCUGCAAGACCUAUUCUGCUUGGUUGGUGAAGCUUAUGAAGUUCUCACGAAUCCACUCCUUAAGUCAAUUUAUGAUCAUUAUGGAGAAGCUGGUUUGAAAAAAGGAACACUUACUCCUGUAGGAUGGCAUUCACCUUGGGUUUACCAUGGAGAACCUAUUAAAACAUUCAAAUGUCAUUUUAUCGGGGUGCCCACCAGUGCUUAUGAAUUAAUUAAUGCUAUUUCUGACUUUAUAACAAAUUAAGAUUUUUCAAUGCGAAAUCCGGCCUAUACGAAUAAAAUUUUUUGGAACUGCAAAUCCAUAUGCUGAUCUUAUGUAUUGCAUGAGGGAUCAAAUCGCUGUGUUCAAAGCACAUAAAAUUGAAGAUGUAAAAGUUAAAGAGCAACCUUAUGAAAGGGAGCUUGACCUUACACUUGAAGAGGUUUAUCGAGGAACAAUGAAAAAGUUGAAAAUUGAGAGGCAAGUGUUUGAUGAUGAUAAUGUUACUACCCAUCUUCAAGAAAAAGUAAUUUGUGUGAAUAUUAAACCAGGAUUACCACGUGAUUCAAGAAUUGUAUUUCAAAAUGUUGGUGAUGAAGGACCUGGCAUUAGCCCUGGUGACUUGGUGAUUAUUACAAAAGAUUUACCACAUGAUAAAUUCAAGAGAGAUGGUGUUAAUUUACAUAUGGAAGUCUCAUUAGAUCUUUACCAGUCUUUUGAGAAACUGAUUGUGGAAUUGAAUACAUUAGAUGACAGAGUAAUUCGUUUUGCUAUAACUGAGGUUAUUUCGUAA